AUGAACGUCCCGCUAUACCUGCUCAUCGUCGCGCACUUGGUGGCCGCGGCGCAUCGCUACGGCGAGGCGAGGGAGGAGGAGGAGCAGGAGGUCCGCUCGGGGCGCAGAACUUGCCGGCUCUACUGCAGGGUGGGUAUCGGUUUCCACCUCCAGAUCCACCCAGACGGACGAAUCAACGGUAGUCAUGAAGCAAACACUCUCAGUGUUCUGGAGCUAUUUGCUGUAUCGCAGGGUGUGAUUGGCAUCCGAGGAGUAUACAGCAACCGAUUCCUGGCCAUGAAUAACAGAGGACGUCUUCAUGCCACUGUGUCAUUUACAGACGACUGCAAGUUCCGUGAGCGUUUCCAGGAGAACAGUUACAACACAUAUGCUUCUGUGCUUCAUUGGAACCGAAGGACUGGCCGCCAGUGGUUCGUGGCCCUCAACAAGCGAGGCAAAGCCAAGAUGGGCUCCAGCCCACGGGUCAAAGCCCAGCACGUAUCCACACACUUCCUGCCCAGGGUCGGCCUUGGCGUAAACAGCGAGCAUGGAUUUGCCAUUACAGACAGGAAAGUCGACGAGCGUCUGCAAACCCCACCUAAACUAGAGAAACCAAAGGUCCGGGUCGGGACGCAGCCCAGACAAGUCAAGUACUGGCCUAAGUAUCGCUUUGGAUAGAAAACGCAGCUUCCAAAAACUUCAGAGCAUUCCCGACAUCCUCAAUCUGCAACACUUUUGGAAAAAAGUUCCUUUGGAUUGCUGAUUUCUGAUUUAAAAACGGACAGAACUAGAUGUUAAGUUGACAAAAUUAUAAAACCAAUACAUAUGAGUGAUAAAACACUUUGAGCAUACAUGUCAAGUUGGAGGGGAAGGGGGAAUUUCAGAAUUUUUGACAUUACGCUUAAUCUUUGAGUUAGCGGGGUUUAAUUACUCUUCACUGUCUAGGUCACGGUCUCGCAAUGCUGCAACUUGCUCAUGUCUGCCAAUACGCAAAAUUCCUUUUUUUUUUUAGGUGAUCAACAGCAGAUUUUAAAAAUGCAUUCAUACAGGAGAAUGCCAUUUAAAGCAGUGAUCCCCAGCCACUGGGCCGGGGACCAGUACUGGUUCGUGGCACAUGUGCUACCGGGCCACAGAGAAAUAAUAAAUCAUUUGUUAACGACCAGAA